AUGCGAGCGUCGCGUCCAAUGACAGUGCGUCUGCGCGCGAGGAGCGGUGCACAUGGAAACAAGGAGCACGUGGGACACGGAGCCACCCACCCACACAGGGGACCCCCGCGGAGCCCCGUCAAUAACGGGAGUCUCUGCGGACCACCUUUAGCAGAGCCGGCCCCUCCCAUGUUCUGUCCAACCUCUGAAAGGAACGACUUUGUCUCGUGUUUGACCAUCAACGCCGGCGCUGAGGGCUCGCGUCCAGGCACAGCACUCACAGUAAUUGAGUAA